AUGGCUUUGUUGGAAGACGUGGAUUUCCUGGAAGACGUAGCUUUGUUGGAAGACGUAGGUUGGCUGGAAGACGUGGAUUGGCUGGAAGACAUGGAUUGGCUGGAAGACGUAGGUUGGCUGGAAGACGUGGAUUGGCUGGAAGACGUGGAUUGGCUGGAAGACAUGGAUUGGUUGGAAGACGUGGAUUAGAUGGAAGACGUGGAUUUCCUGGAAGACGUAGAUUUCUGGGAAGACAGUGAUUUCCUGGAAGACGUGGAUUUCCUGGAAGACUUGGAUUAGCUGGAAGACGUGGAUUUCCUGGAAGACGUGGAUUAGCUGGAAGACAUGGAUUUCCUGGAAGACGCGUAUUUCCUGGAAGACGCAGAUUUCCUGGAAGACGGGGAUUUCCUGGAAGACAUGGAUUUCCUGGAAGAUAUGGAUUAGCUGGAAGACAUGGAUAUUCCGGAAGCUAUGGAUUUUAUGGAAGACAAGGAUUUUCUGGAAGAUGUGGAUAGGCUGGAAGACCUGGAUUUUUUGGAAGACGUGGAUUUUCAGGAAGACCUUAAUUGUCUGGAAGACCUGGAUUUUUUGGAAGACAUUUGCUGGAAGACUCUGAGGUUACUGGAAGACAUGGAUUUUCUGGAAGACAUGGAUUUUCUGGAAGACAUGGAUCUUCAGGAAGACAUGGAUCUUCAGGAAGACAUAUAUUGGCUGGAAGACCUUGACUUAUUGGAAGACAUGAAUUGUCCGGAAGACAUAGCUUUACUGGAAGACCUGGAUUUAGUGGAAGAAACUGAUUUUGUCUGGAAGACAGGGUUGACUGGAAGACUUGAUUUGGUGGAAGACAUAGAUUGACUGGAAGAUCUGGAUUGAUUGGAAGACCUAGAUUUAGUGGAAGACAUAGAUUUUUCUGAAGACAUGGACUGACUGGAAGACCUGGAUUUCUUUCUGGAAGACACAUGGAUUUUCCGGAAGACGUGGAUUUUCCUGGAAGAUCUGGAUUUUGUGGAAGACCUACCAUCACUGGAAGACUGGAUUUACUGGAAGACUUGGAGACUGCUGGAAGACGUGGGUUGUCUGGAAGACAUGGAUUUUCUGGAAGACAUGGAUUUUCUGGAAGACAUGGAUUGUCUGGAAGACCUUGAGGUUAUUGGAAGACUUGGAGUUGCUGGAAGACCUGGAGUUGUUGGAAGACCUUGA